AUGCUUCCUCAGCAUCCACAGGUCACAUCACCUCUCUUCCUGUCACUGACACUUCUUCAGCAUCCACAGGUCACACCACCUCUCUUCCUGUCACCAGCACUUCCUCACAUCCACAGGUCACACCACCCCUCUUCCUGUCAUGACACGUCCUCAGCAUCCACAGGUCACACCACCCCUCUUCCUGUCACUGACACGUCCUCAGCAUCCACAGGUCACAUCACCUCUCUUCCUGUCACUGACACUUCUUCAGCAUCCACAGGUCACACCACCUCUCUUCCUGUCACCAGCACUUCCUCAGCAUCCACAGGUCACCCCACCUCUCUUCCUGUCACUGACGCUUCCUCAGCAUCCACAGGUCACACCACCCCUCCUCCUGUCACCAGUGCUUCCUCAGCAUCCACAGGUCACACCACCCCUCUUCCUGUCACUGACACGUCCUCAGCAUCCACAGGUCACACCACCUCUCUUCCUGUCACCAGCACUUCCUCAGCAUCCACAGGUCACAUCACCCCUCUUCCUGUCACCAGCACUUCCUCAGCAUCCACAGGUCACCCCACCUCUCUUCCUGUCACUGACGCUUCCUCAGCAUCCACAGGUCACACCACCCCUCCUCCUGUCACCAGCACUUCCUCAGCAUCCACUGGUCACACCACCCCUCUUCCUGUCACUAGCACUUCCUCAGCAUCCACAGGUCACACCACCCCUCUUCCUGUCACCAGCGCUUCCUCAGAAUCCACAGGUCAUGCCACCCCUCUUCCUGUCACUGACACGUCCUCAGCAUCCACAGGUCACACCACCCCUCUUCCUGUCACCAGCGCUUCCUCAGAAUCCACAGGUCACGCCACCCCUCUUCCUGUCACUGACACGUCCUCAGCAUCCACAGGUCACACCACCCCUCUUCCUGUCACCAGCACUUCCUCAGCAUCCAUAGGUCACACCAUCCCUCUUCCUGUCACCAGCACUUCCUCAGCAUCCACAGGUCACAUCACCUCUCUUCCUGUCACUGACACGUCCUCAGCAUCCACAGGUGACACCACCUCUCUUCCUGUCACCAGCACUUCCUCAGCAUCCACAGGUCACACCACCCCUCUUCCUGUCACUGACACGUCCUCAGCAUCCACAGGUCACAUCACCUCUCUUCCUGUCACUGAUGCUUCCUCAGCAUCCACAGGUCACACCACCUCUCUUCCUGUCACUGAUGCUUCCUCAGCAUCCACAGGUCACAUCACCUCUCUUCCUGUCACUGAUGCUUCCUCAGCAUCCACAGGUCACACCACCCCUCUUCCUGUCACUGACACGUCCUCAGCAUCCACAGGUGACACCACCUCUCUUCCUGUCACUGACGCUUCCUCAGCAUCCACAGGUCACACCACCCCUCUUCCUGUCACCAGCACUUCCUCAGCAUCCACAGGUCACAUCACCUCUCUUCCUGUCACCAGCGCUUCCUCAGAAUCCACAGGUCAUGCCACCUCUCUUCCUGUCACUGACACGUCCUCAGCAUCCACAGGUCACACCACCCCUCUUCCUGUCACCAGCGCUUCCUCAGCAUCCACAGGUCACACCACCUCUCUUCCUGUCACUGACACGUCCUCAGCAUCCACAGGUCACACCACCUCUCUUCCUGUCACCAGCGCUUCCUCAGCAUCCACAGGUCACACCACCCCUCUUCCUGUCAUUGACGCUUCUUCAGCAUCCAAAGGUCACACCACCCCUCUUCCUGUCACUGACAUGUCCUCAGCAUCCACAGGUCACACCACCUCUCUUCCUGUCACUGACACUUCCUCAGCAUCCACAGGUCACACCACCUCUCUUCCUGUCACUGACACUUCCUCAGCAUCCACAGGUCACACCACCUCUCUUCCUGUCACUGACGCUUCCUCAGCAUCCACAGGUCACGCCACCCCUCUUCCUGUCACCAGUGCUUCCUCAGCAUCCACAGGUCACACCACCCCUCUUCCUGUCACCAGCACUUCCUCAGCAUCCACAGGUCACACCACCCCUCUUCCUGUCACCAGCACUUCCUCAGCAUCCACAGCAUCCACAGGUCACACCACCUCUCUUCCUGUCACUGAUGCUUCCUCAGAAUCCACAGGCCACCCCACCCCUCUUCCUGUCACUGACACUUCCUCAGCAUCCACAGCCUCCUCGGGCACCCCUCUGAAGAAGGAAACAUCAGGGAUGACAACACCGUCACUGAAGACAGACGGUGGGGGACGCACAGCCACAUCCCCACCCCCCACAACCUCCCAGACCAUCAUUUCCGCCGCUCCCAGCACUGCCACGCACACCCGCUCCACAGCCGCCCCCAUCCCCAUCCCGCCUGAGAAAGGCGUUUCCCUCUUCCCCUACGGGGCAGGCACCGGGGACCUGGAGUUCGUCAGGAGGACUGUGGACUUCACCUCCCCACUCUUCAAGCCAGCGACUGGCUUCCCCCUCGGCUCCUCUCUCCGUGAUUCCCUCUACUUCACAGACAAUGGCCAGAUCAUCUUCCCAGAGUCAGACUACCAGAUUUUCUCCUACCCCAACCCACUGCGAACAGGCUUCACAGGCUGGGACCCUGUGGCCCUGGUGGCUCCAUUCUGGGACGAUGCUGACUUCUCCACUGGUCGGGGGACCACAUUUUAUCAGGAAUACGAGACGCUCUAUGGUGAACACAGCCUGCUAGUCCAGGAGGCCGAGUCUUGGAUUAGAAAGAUCACAAACAACAGGGGCUACAAGGCCAGGUGGACCCUAAAGGUCACGUGGGUCAAUGCUCACGCCUAUCCUGCCCAGUGGACCCUCGGGAGCAACACCUACCAAGCCAUCCUCUCCACGGAUGGGAGCAGGUCCUAUGCCCUGUUUCUCUACCAGAGCGGUGGAAUGCAGUGGGACGUGGCCCAGCGCUCAGGCAACCUGGUGCUCAUGGGCUUCUCCAGUGGAGAUGGCUAUUUCGAAAACAGCCCACUGAUGUCCCAGCCAGCGUGGGAGAAGUAUCGCCCUGAUAGAUUCCUGAAUUCCAACUCAGGCCUCCGAGGGCUGCAGUUCUACAGGCUACACCUGGAAGAAAGGCCCAACUACCGUCUCGAGUGCCUGCAGUGGCUGAAGAGCCAGCCUCGGUGGCCCAGCUGGGGCUGGAACCAGGUCUCCUGCCCUUGUUCCUGGCAGCAGGGACGAUGGGACUUACGAUUCCAACCCGUCAGCAUAGGACGCCGGGGCCUCGGCAGCAGGCAGCUGUGCAGCUUCACGUCCUGGCGAGGAGGCGUGUGCUGCAGCUACGGGCCCUGGGGAGAGUUUCGUGAAGGCUGGCACGUGCAGCGUCCUUGGCAGUUGGCCCAGGAACUGGAGCCGCAGAGCUGGUGCUGCCGCUGGAAUGACAAGCCCUACCUCUGUGCCCUGUACCAGCAGAAGCGGCCCCGCGUGGGCUGUGCUACAUACAGGCCCCCACGGCCUGCCUGGAUGUUCGGGGACCCCCACAUUACCACCUUGGAUGGUGUCAAUUACACCUUCAAUGGGCUGGGGGACUUCCUGCUGGUGGGGGCCCAGGACGGGAACUCCUCCUUCCUGCUGCAGGGCCGCACCGCCCAGACUGGCUCAGCCCAGGCCACCAACUUCAUCGCCUUUGCGGCUCGGUACCGCUCCAGCAGCCUGGGCCCCGUCACGGUCCAAUGGCUCCUUGAGCCUCACGACGCAAUCCAUGUCCUGCUGGAUAACCAGACUGUGACAUUUAAGCCUGGCCAUGAAGACGGCAGAGGCCAGGAGACGUUCAACGCCACCGGAGUCUUCCUGAGCCGCAACGGCUCUGUGGUCUCGGCCAGCUUCGACGGCUGGGCCACCGUCUCGGUGACCGCGCUCUCCAACAUCCUCCACGCCUCCGCCAGCCUCCCACCCGAGUACCAGAACCGCACGGAGGGGCUCCUGGGGCUCUGGAAUAACAAUCCGGAGGACGACUUCAGGAUGCCCAAUGGCUCCACCAUUCCCCCAGGGAGCCCUGAGGAGAUGCUUUUCCACUAUGGAAUGACCUGGCAGAUCAACGGCACAGGCCUCCUUGGCAAGAGGAAUGACCAGCUGCCUUCCAACUUCACCCCUGUUUUCUACUCACAACUGCAAAAAAACAGCUCCUGGGCUGAAGCUUUGAUCUGUGACGGAGACAGCUCAUGCAUCUAUGACACUCUGGCUCUGCGCAACGCAAGCAUCGGACUUCACACGAGGGCAGUCAGUAAAACCUACAAGCAGGUGAAUGCCACCCUCAAUCAGUACCCACCCUCCAUCAAAGGUAGUCGUGUGGUUGAAGCCUACAAGGGGCAGAUCACGCUGAUUCAGUACACCAGCAAUGCAGAGGAUGCCACCUUCACGCUCAGAGACAACUGUACCGACUUUAAGCUCUUUGAGAAUGGGACGUUGCUGUGGACACCCAAGUCGCUGGAGCCAUUCACUCUGGAGAUUCUAGCAAGACGUGCCAAGAUUGGCUUGGCAUCUGCACUCCAGCCCAGGACCGUGGUCUGCCAUUGCAGUGCAGAGAGCCAGUGUUUGUACAACCAGACCAGCAGGGUGGGCAACUCCUCCCUGGAGGUGGCUGGCUGCAAGUGUGACGGGGGCACCUUCGGCCGCUACUGCGAGCGCUCCGAGGAUGCCUGUGAGGAGCCGUGCUUCCCGAGUGUCCGCUGCGUUCCUGGGAAGGGCUGCGAGGCCUGCCCUCCAAACCUGACUGGGGAUGGGCGGCACUGUGCCGCUCUGGGGAGCUCUUUCCUGUGUCGGAACCAGUCCUGCCCCAUGAAUUACUGCUACAAUCAAGGCCACUGCUACAUCUCCCAGACUCUGGGCUGCCAGCCCACGUGCAUCUGUCCCCCGGCCUUCACCGACAGCCUCUGCUUCCUGGCUGGGAACAACUUCAGUCCAACUGUCAACCUAGAACUUCCCUUAAGAGUCAUCCAGCUCUUGCUCAGUGAAGAGGAAAAUGCCUCCAUGGCAGAGGUCAACGCCUCGGUGGCAUACAGACUGGGAUCCCUGGACAUGCGGGCCUUUCUCCACAACAGCCAAGUGAAACAAAUCGAUUCCCCAGCACCGGCCUCGGGAAGCCCCAUUCAACACUGGAUAGUCAUCUCAGAGUUCCAGUACCGCCCUCGGGGCCCUGUCAUCGACUUCCUGAACAACCAGCUGCUGGCCGCGGUGGUGGAGGCGUUCUUAUACCAUGUUCCACGGAGGAGUGAGAAGCCCAGGAAUGACGUGGUCUUCCAGCCCAUCUCCAGGGAAGACGUGCGCGACGUGUCAGCCCUGAACGUGAGCACGCUGAAGGCUUACUUCAAAUGCAAUGGCUACAAGGGCUACGACCUGGUCUACAGCCCCCAGAGUGGCUUCACCUGCGUGUCCCCGUGCAGUAGGGGCUACUGUGACCAUGGAGGCCAGUGCCAGCACCUGCCCAGUGGGCCCCGCUGCAGCUGUGUGUCCUUCUCCAUCUACACGGCCUGGGGCGAGCACUGUGAGCACCUGAGCAUGAAACUCGACGCGUUCUUCGGCAUCUUCUUUGGGGCCCUAGGCGGCCUCUUGCUGCUGGCGGUUGGGACGUUCGUGGUCCUGCGCUUCUGGGGUUGCUCCAGGGCCAGGUUCUCCUAUUUCCUGGACUUAGCUGAGGCCUUGCCUUGAAGGGGCAGCUGUGGCCUAGGCUACCUCAAGACCCACCUCAUCCUCACCGCACACUUAAGGCGCCACUGCUUUUGGGAGACUGGAAAAGGGAAGGUGACUGCAGGCUGUCAGGAUUCUUCAAGGAGAAUGAAUACUGGGAAUCAAGACAAGACCCAUAGGCACAGGUGCACAGGGGGAGGCCAUAAAGAUCAAACAUGCAUGGAUGGGUCCUCACGCAGACACACCCACAGAAGGACACUAGCCUGUGCACGCGUGCGUGCAUACACACACACACAAAAGAGUUCAUAAUGCGAUGAUGGCCCUAAGUUAAGCAAAAUGCUUCUGCACACAAAACUCUCUGGUUUACUUCAAAUUAAACUCUAUUUAAAGUCUCUCUGACUUUUUGUGUCUUCAAAA